CGGUCACACUGCCCAAAAGUGUACAAUUUUUUCUCCAGCUCGGUUUGUUUUUUUUUCGCUCGUCUGGUCAAGUAACCUCCGAUUUCCGAUCCGAUUUCGAUUCGAUCCGUUUUCGGAUGAUAGCUCUGAGCGCGCUGCUAACCAAAUACACGAUCGGUAUUAUGAGCAACCUAAGCAAUGGCAGCAACAACAACAAUCAGCAACAGCAGCAGCAACAACAGCAACAACAACAGCAGCAGGGCAAUGAUGGUGCUGCUGCUGCUGGUGGAGGAGGAGGAGGAGGGGGAGCGGAAUUUGUGGCGCCACCGCCCGGAUUAGGUGCCGCUGUGGGCGUGGCAGCCAUGCAACAGCGACAACGCCUGCUGCAGCAACAACACCAACAGCAGCAGCAGCAACAACACCACCAGAAUCCUGCCGCCGAAGGAAGUGGACUGGAACGCGGCAGCUGUCUGCUGCGAUACGCCAGCCAAAAUUCCCUGGACGAGAGCUCCCAGAAACACGUUCAGCGUCCAAAUGGCAAGGAACGCGGCACAGUGGGACAGUACAGCAAUGAUCAGCACACGGCGCGAUCCUUCGACGCCAUGAACGAGAUGCGCAAACAAAAACAGCUCUGCGAUGUGAUAUUAGUGGCCGAUGAUGUGGAGAUCCACGCCCACCGCAUGGUGCUGGCCUCCUGCAGUCCGUACUUCUAUGCGAUGUUCACCAGCUUCGAGGAGUCGCGCCAGGCGAGGAUCACGCUCCAGAGUGUGGAUGCCAGAGCCCUGGAGCUGCUCAUCGACUACGUCUACACGGCCACCGUAGAGGUGAACGAGGACAAUGUGCAGGUCCUCCUGACGGCCGCCAAUCUGCUGCAGCUCACGGAUGUUCGCGACGCCUGCUGCGACUUCCUGCAAACCCAGUUGGACGCCAGCAAUUGCCUGGGCAUCCGGGAGUUCGCCGAUCUUCAUGCCUGCGUGGAGCUACUCAACUACGCAGAGACUUACAUCGAGCAGCAUUUCAACGAGGUGAUCCAGUUCGAUGAGUUUCUGAACCUCUCGCACGAGCAGGUCAUCAGCCUGAUUGGCAACGACCGGAUCUCGGUGCCCAACGAGGAGCGCGUCUACGAGUGCGUGAUUGCCUGGCUGCGCUACGACGUCCCGAUGCGGGAGCAGUUCACCUCACUGCUCAUGGAGCACGUGCGCCUGCCCUUCCUCUCCAAGGAGUACAUCACCCAGCGCGUGGACAAGGAGCUCCUCCUCGAGGGCAACAUCGUGUGCAAGAACCUGAUCAUUGAGGCGCUGACCUACCACCUGCUGCCCACGGAGACAAAGUCCGCCAGGACAGUGCCCCGGAAGCCGGUGGGCAUGCCCAAGAUUCUGCUCGUGAUCGGGGGCCAAGCACCCAAGGCCAUUCGCUCCGUGGAGUGGUAUGAUCUGCGCGAGGAGAAGUGGUACCAGGCGGCCGAGAUGCCCAACCGCCGAUGCCGCUCCGGCUUGAGUGUGCUGGGCGACAAGGUGUACGCCGUCGGCGGCUUCAAUGGUUCGCUGCGCGUCCGCACUGUGGAUGUCUACGACCCGGCCACCGAUCAGUGGGCCAACUGCAGCAACAUGGAGGCCAGGCGAUCCACUCUGGGAGUGGCUGUCCUAAAUGGCUGCAUCUUCGCUGUGGGCGGAUUCGAUGGCACCACGGGGCUGUCGAGUGCGGAGAUGUAUGAUCCCAAGACUGACAUCUGGCGGUUCAUCGCCUCCAUGUCCACGCGACGCAGUUCCGUUGGCGUGGGCGUCGUCCAUGGGCUGCUCUACGCCGUGGGCGGCUACGAUGGCUUCACCCGCCAGUGCUUGUCCUCGGUGGAGCGCUACAAUCCGGACACGGACACCUGGGUGGCAGUGUCGGAGAUGAACUCGCGGCGAAGUGGCGCCGGCGUGGGAGUGCUGAACAACAUCCUGUAUGCCGUGGGCGGACACGACGGGCCGCUGGUGCGGAGAUCCGUGGAGGCCUACGACUGCGAGACGAACUCGUGGCGUUCGGUGGCCGAAAUGUCGUACUGCCGGCGAAAUGCGGGCGUGGUGGCUCACGAUGGCCUGCUCUAUGUGGUGGGUGGCGACGAUGGCACCUCGAAUCUCGCCUCCGUGGAGGUCUACUGCCCGGACUCGGACAGCUGGAGGAUACUGCCCGCACUGAUGACCAUCGGACGCAGCUAUGCGGGCGUGUGUAUGAUCGAUAAGCCCAUGUGAAUGGAAGAGCAGGGUGCAUUGGCCCGCCAAGCUGCUUCGCUGGCCAUCGCACUGCUGGAUGAUGAGAACAGCCAGGCGGAGGGCACGAUGGAGGGCGCCAUUGGUGGUGCCAUCUACGGCAAUCUGGCGCCGGUCGGAGCGGCUGCUGCGGUCGCUGCUCCAGCGGUUGCGCCAGCUCAAGCUCUCCAACCGAAUCAUCCGCACUACGAGAACAUCUAUGCGCCCAUUGGCCAGCCCAGCAACAACAACGGCAACAAUAGCAGUAGUAGCAACAACAACAAUCAAGUUGCCGCCGUGGCCAAUGCCAAUGCCCCUGCAAAUGCCGAUGAGAAUCAGCAGCAACAAUUACCACCACCAGCGCCAACUGAAGCCAAUGCCAAUAACAAUCCACAGCCACUAAUAGCACCAGCACCAUCACCACAACAACAACAACAGCAACAACAGCAACAACAGCAGCAACAACAACAAGCACAGCCACAACAACAACAACAACAACAACCUCAACGCAUACUGCCCAUGAAUAACUAUAGAAAUGAUUUGUAUGAUCGAUCUGCAGCGGGAGGAAUCCUAGGAUCGAGUAGCUCUGCAGCCGCUUAUGAUGUUCCAAGAGCCGUGAGAUCGGGCCUCGGAUAUAGGCGAAACUUUCGCAUAGACAUGCAAAAUGGAAAUCGCUGUGGCAACGGAAUUCGCUGCACUCCCCUGUACACGAACAGUCGCUCCAACUGUCAACGGCAGCGCAGCUUUGACGACACGGAGUCCACCGAUGGCUACAAUCUGCCCUACGCCGGAGCGGGAACAAUGCGGUACGAGAACAUCUACGAGCAGAUCCGGGACGAGCCGCUCUAUCGCACCUCCGCUGCCAGUCGCGUGCCGCUGUACACACGCCUCGAUGUUUUGGGCCAUGGAAUCGGACGGAUUGAGAGACACCUGAGCUCCUCCUGCGGCAACAUCGAUCACUACAAUCUCGGCGGACACUACGCUGUGCUGGGGCACUCGCACUUCGGCACAGUGGGUCACAUUCGACUGAACGCCAGUGGAGCGGGCGGAGCAGCAGCUGGCGCAGCGGGCAGUGGCACCUGCAAUGUGCCCAAUUGUCAGGCGUACAUGGGAGGCGCCAGUUCGUCCGUGCCCGUGGAGUACGCCAAUGUGAAGGUGCCUGUGAAGAACAGUGCCUCCAGCUUCUUCAGCUGCCUGCAUGGCGAAAACUCGCAGAGCAUGACCAACAUUUACAAGACUUCUGGAGCAGCAGCGGCCGCCAUGGCUGCCCACAACUCCCCCUUGACGCCAAACGUGUCCAUGGAGCGAGCCACUCGAUCCGCUUCCGCCGGUGCCGCUGGAGCAUCUGGAGCAGCUCUUGAAGACCAUUCCCCGGCGGAUAAUGUUCCCAGCUCAUCGAUUGGCAUUGCCAAUCGCACCACUGGCGCCAUUCCAAAGGUGAAAGCAGCCAGCAAGGCAGUCAAGGAGUCGACAGGAUCCUCCACAGCUGCAUCGCCGGUUUUGGAUAAAAGCACAUCCACUGGUGCGGGAAAAAGCGUAACUUUGGCCAAGAAAACUUCCACGGCAGCAGCACGUUCGAGUUCUUCCGGAGAUGCCAAUGGCAAUGGCAAUGGCACGCUGAAUCGCAUCUCCAAGUCCAGUUUGCAAUGGCUACUGGUCAACAAGUGGCUUCCUCUGUGGAUUGGCCAAGGACCCGAUUGCAAGGUGAUCGACUUCAACUUCAUGUUUUCCCGCGACUGCGUGAGCUGCGACACCGCUUCGGUGGCCAGCCAGAUGUCCAAUCCCUACGGAACUCCUCGCUUGAGUGGUCUUCCCCAGGACAUGGUGCGAUUCCAGAGCUCGUGCGCCGGAGCUUGUGCGGCAGCCGGAGCAUCCUCCACCAUUCGCAGGGACACCAAUGCCUCGGCUCGCCCGCUGCACAGCACUCUGAGUCGCCUGCGGAACGGAGCGGAGAGAAGGAAUCCCAGCAGGGUGGCUGGCAACUACCAGUACGAGGAUCCCUCAUACGAGAAUGUGCACGUGCAGUGGCAGAAUGGCUUCGAGUUCGGCAGGUCGCGGGACUACGAUCCGAAUCCCACCUACCAUCAGCAGCGACCCAUGUUGCAAAGGGCCCGGUCGGAGAGUCCCACGUUCAGCAACCAGCAGAGGCGUCUGCAGCGCCAAGCAGCCCAGGCCCAACAGCAGGCGCAGCAGGCGAAGCCGCCCGGAUCUCCAGAUCCGUUCAAGAACUACAAACUGAAUGCGGACAACAACAGUUUCAGGCCGAAGCCAUCGGCUGGCGAGGAACUCGAGGGCGCUGUGGGUGGAGCAGCAGCUGAGCUGGCUCCUCCAGAACUGGACAGCGAGCCCGCCGAUCCUGUGAGCUUGAGUGAUAAUGAGACUGAGACGGCCAGCAGUCAAAACAACCCUCCAGGCGGCAAUGUGAAUGAGCACAACGAUUAGAAACGGAUAAAAUAUGUUGGUUCUGGCAGAGCAGCGUUCUGUGUUUAAAUUUCAGUCAUUCUCUGAUUUAAAAGUUGUUCGAUUUUAUAUGUAACACAAGAACUGGGUUUUUUAUAGUUUUUAGAACCAAAAGUGAUACCAGUUUAUAUAAUAGUAAACAAGUAUGAGUAUUUAAUAACAAAUUCGCAGAGGGCACGUAAUUUUUUAUAAAGCUUAAAACCUAAGAGAACUUUAACGCUUUUGAUCAACCAACGCUGCUCUUCAAAAUUGGAUCUCACAAAUUAAUAACAGACCAAAAGAAAUUCGAGCAAAUUAAAAUUACAUUUUAAAAGCAAAAAAACUAAGAAAAAUUGUAGAAUUUGAUAUAACUGUAGAAAUCAGCCAAAGCUCAAGAUCGAAUAUUAUGUUGCAUACCGUAGUUGUAGUUCAAAACAGAAUUUUUGUGUGUCAUGUCAAGUAAAAGUUAUUCCUAAGAGCCAUAUCAUAUCCGUUGUAAGGCAUACCCAUAAGCAAUAUGCAUUUGAUAUGAUAGUUUCCCAUUUAUUUUCCACUGCCCACUCCAAAUUCCUUUAUAUAUUGGCAUUUUUCUUAUGCACUUGCUUAGUUUGAGUACGUUAAGUUAGGGCUUUGCAUCGAUACAAUAAUAUUUAGAUUAAUAUUGUAAAAGCUCUCCAUUAUCGUUUAAGUCAAUUAGAGUUACAGGUAUUAUUUACAUGCAUAUAUAAACAAGAAAAGGCAUAUACAAUACUCCAUAACCGGUACAUAAAUAUAUAAUCAUACUUACAUGUGUAUUGAGUUUAACUAAUUCAUAAUAAAAUAGUUCAACGAAA